AUGCUUCCGACUCCCGAUACCUCACAUGUGUCUUUCGAUAGAAUCUACGAGCCUGCCGAAGAUUCCUUUCUACUCCUCGACACCUUAUCCUCCGCGAGUGAAAAAGAAUUUCUGCGCCAACGGUUUCAAAGCGAACAGAGCUCAUUAUCGCCCUCUCCAUUGGUAGUAGAGAUUGGUACUGGAUCUGGAGUUGUUCUCUCCUUUGUACAUGCACAUGCAGAAAUCAUAUUUGGCAGAGCGGAUAUUCUUACAGCGGGCGUCGAUGUCAAUCGCUAUGCAUGUGAGGCUACACAGGAAACAGUGAGAGUAGCGGAGAAGGAACAGGCUUCACAAAACAUAUCACACGGGUCGUAUCUAGGGAAUGUGGUGGGAAAUUUAGGAACUUCUUUGAAGCCUGGAAUGACAGAUCUAUUGAUCUUUAAUCCGCCAUAUGUGCCAAGUCCGGAUGUGCCUAUACCAGAGCUUUCUGGGGCAGGAAACGAGGAUGGGUCAUUGUCAUAUGAAGGAGACUCAAAAUUACUAGCUUUGUCGUAUGCAGGUGGAGUGGAUGGUAUGGAAAUUACGGAUCGGCUAAUCGAUGCUUUGCCGGAGGUUCUGAACCAGGAGAGAGGUUGUGCGUACAUCUUGCUCUGCGCGCAGAACAAACCCGAGGAUGUCAAACAACGAAUACGUGGUUUUGGAGACGAGUGGAAAGCGGAAACCGUUAGUAAUAGUGGAAAGGUUGGGGGAUGGGAAAAAUUGCAAAUUGUUAGGAUUUGGCGUAUGCCACCUAACACCACCUGA